CUCUGUGACACGAGCCAGCAAGAAUUGACGAUCGAGAAAAAAACAAAAGCCUUUAUCGUGUCCACGAUUUAUUGUCUGUUCUUGCAAAAUAAUGUGUAUGAAUUAAGGAAAUUUUGCAUAAAAUAGUGUAAAAAGUGCUGUAAGCGGUAAGUCGCUAAAGAAGCCGGAAAUGGCGGGUGAGUUAAAUUUGGCUCAGUCCUCACGAGCGGUGUGAAAGAAGCGGCAGGCAUGAGUCAGUCAGUCGAGCCGGCAGUGUCGAUGGGAACUAGCACUGCACACGCCAAUCUCGUGUACACAAGUCAGUGACAGUUUUGGAUACAAAUAAUUUAAAGAUGGAUACAGGUCAAUGGAGGACAGCCUUAUCAAUCCAAGGUGCUCGGCCAGAAGAUGGUGUUCGGGACAUGAUAGUCAUUAGUGAUAUUGAUGAAAAUGGGAUUAACACCAAUCUCCAUGUACGCUACAAGCGAGAUAUUAUCUAUACUUUUACAGGGUCUAUUCUUGUAGCAGUGAACCCAUACAAGGACAUCAGCAUCUACGAACAAAGAAAUGUGGAAGAAUACAGCGGGAAGAAACUCAGCCAGGUCGAGCCUCACAUCUUUGCUAUCGCCGAGGCGGCCUACCAGAGUAUGUGCAGCUCCACCGCCAACCAGUCCUGCAUCAUCAGUGGCGAGAGUGGCGCCGGCAAGACCGAGAGCACCAAGUUCAUCCUGCAGUACCUGUGCUCCAUCACAAAUCACACCUCCUUCUGGACCGAGCAGCAGAUUCUGGAGGCCAACACGCUCUUGGAGGCCUUUGGAAAUGCUAAGACGGUUCGCAACGACAACUCCAGUCGCUUCGGCAAGUUCAUGCAGGUGUGCUUUGACGGCACGCAGAUCAAAGGCUGCAUCGUGCAGGACUACCUGCUGGAGCAGUCGCGCAUCACCUUUCAGUCGCCCAACGAGCGCAACUACCAUGUCUUCUACCAGCUGGUGGCCGGUGCUCAGGCCUCCCCGGAGCUGGCCCAGCAGUACUACAUUCACCCCGUGCAGCACUACGAGUACCUCAACCAGAGCGGCUGCUACACCCUGCAAGGCGUCAACGACCUGCAGAUGUUCGACAACCUGCGCCUGGCCAUGAACGUCCUCAACAUCGCAGAGGAGAUGGUGGGCGGCAUCUUCGCCGCGCUCUCCGCCGUGCUGUUGCUAGGCAACAUGCAUUUCGAGGACGUGGAAGGCGAGAAAAGCGCCUUGACAGAGGGUGACCAGCACUUGCUGUGCACGCUCUGCGAUCUGCUGGGCUUCGAGCAGGACAGCCUCAAGGACCUGCUGCUGUUCCGCCAGAUCCAGGUCCGGGGGACCAUCACUAACAUUCCUUUCAAGCAUCAGGAGGCCAGUGAAAACCGCCACGCCAUGGCCAAGGCUCUGUACUCGAGGACGUUUGCCUGGCUAGUGGACGCAAUAAACAAGUGCACCAACCCCGGCCAGCACCAGAUGCGCUUCAUCGGCAUCCUCGACAUUUUCGGCUUUGAGAACUUUGCGACAAACAGUUUCGAGCAGCUGUGCAUCAACUACACAAAUGAGAAGCUCCAUCGUUUUUUCAACCACUAUGUCUUCGCUCUGGAGGAGGAAGCGUAUCGGGAAGAAGAAAUUCAGUUUGCCCACAUCACCUUCACAGAUAACAGCAAGUGUGUGGAACUCAUAGAAAAGCCUCCAAGGUGUAUCCUAAAAAUGCUGGAUGAGGAAUGCCGUUUUCCACAGGGAACUGACAAGUCCUACCUGAUGAAACAGCAUGAGAUGCUGGAAGAACAUGAUUACUACAUUAAGGGCAGUGACCGCCGCAGGUGGGAGGUGGAGUUUGGGGUGCAUCACUAUGCAGGGAUGGUGUUGUACUCUGUGCAGGGCUUUCUAGACAAGAACAAAGACACUCAGCAGGACCAGCUGUUUGAUCUCAUGCAUAAUUCUACCAACACAUUUGUCAAGGACCUCACCAGAUUCCAGGAUUUACUUGGAGUUCGGCUGGAAGUUUUGCAAGGGAGACAAACCAUCUCACGGACGACCAAAAAUAAACCAACAGUUGGUGACACUUUCAAGCACCAGUUAUCUGCCCUUGUGGAUGUUCUUGGACUUACAAAUCCAUGGUAUGUACGCUGUUUAAAGCCCAACUCCCAAAAACUACCUAACAACUACAAACCUGAAGAUGUCUUGCUUCAGCUAAGGUACUCAGGAAUGUUGGACAUCAUUAGGAUCAAACGGGAGGGCUAUCCUGUGCAUAUACCUGUGGAGACAUUUUUCUUCAAGUAUGGGAUUCUACUUCCGCGAAAUAGUGGCACUGCAGACCCACGAGCAGCUGCCACCACCAUCCUCAAGACUCUUGGCUUACCUGCCACUGAGUGGCAGGUGGGGAAGACUAAGGUAUUUAUGCGCACUGCUGUGUUCGAGCCUUUAGAAGACUGGCGAAUGGAGUUGCUGCGACAGAGAGCCAUACUUGUUCAGAAAAUAUGGCGUGGUUAUAAUUGCAGGCGAGCAUUCCUUGCAAAGAAACAGGCAGCACUGAUACUUCAAGAAAGAUUCAGAUCAUUCCGCCUCCGGCUUGAAUUCCUACGCCAAAGACGUGCAGCAGUUGUCCUGCAGAAACAUGUUCGAGGUAUGCAGGCCAGAAAAAUGGCAGAAACAAUGCGCAUACAAAAGCGACAAGAAGAGGAAAGGCGAAGGCUGGAGGAGCAAGAGAGGGAGAGAAAGAAGAGAGAAAAAGAAGUUGCAGAUGAGGUGGCCAUUGAAGAAUCACUAAGACGUCUCAGGCAGCGGGAUUCCUGGCUUGCACUGCUGAGGCAGUCACAGUUUGAGCUAGAGUCGCUGACACACCUAAUUGAGUCCAUGUGGACACACUACCAACCUCCAGUCUCACCACACAGCCUUGACCUCGACGAGAUGUUUGGCUUCCUACAAGAGGAGAGAGCAGAUUUAAAGCAAGAACAAAAGGUUGAGGCCCUUAAAGCCAUCAAUGAGCAGUUUGAACAACUGGACACGCUUUGUACACAAACGGAGGAGGAAUGUGCUUUGCUAAAACAGGACAUGGCCAUUCAGUCGGCACUACAGGAAGUUGAACACUCCAUUGCAGAGUUUGAUGAGGGCAUUCCUAGCUCUCCGGGUAUGUAUGAGGUCAUAACCAGAGCGCCAGGUAAGCCCCCACCACCACCGCGCACAUCAUCUCUGGUGGGACUUCCUCCUGGAGUCAGCCAGGCUACUGCCUUCCUUCCCCCUGUCCCUACACCACCUCCUCCGCCACCUCCUCCACUUGAAGAUCACUUUGCUCCUGGACCACCGCCGCCGCCGCCACCACCACCACCGCUUCCUCCUGGUGUACCAUGUGCUCCUCCUCCACCACCAUCAGAAGGGCCACUACUACCACCACCUCCUCCUCCACCGCCGCUACAACCUAUAGAAGGACUUCCACCUCCACCUCCACCCCCUCCCGAUCAGUCUUCAGUGGAAGAGGCUUUACCCCCUCCUCCACCCCCACUAGCCUUCCCCCCACCACCUCCUCCACCACCCCCUCCAGAUACCACAGACACAGAGGUGGAAAAUCCAUAUGCUGAGCUGUCUGAAGUCCGCAAAGCUUCUCUGACAGGUGGAGUUCCCCAUCACACGGUACAUGUGGUUCCACCCCCUCUUCCUCCAUCUCCUUCUCCAUCUCAGAACUCAAGAGGGUCACGCAGAAGUUUGGCUUUGCGGCUGGAACAGGACCAUCCAGGAGUCGGGGCAGGGGUAGGAGCAUCGGGGCUGGUGCCUGUGCCAGCAGACAUGGGCCAGCUGUCACCAAGCAUGCAAGAGCGUCUAGAUUCCAUGAUGCAUGAAAAUGUGAACACUGCAGUCCCCCCACAAUAUGUGUCACCUGCAGCUGAGACACCAGAGUUGCCUGAAAUGGAUGGUGUGUUUGACAUCUUGGAGUUUGCAGAGAAGUUCUUCAAUGACCAUGAGCGGGACCCUGGUGGUACAAUGAUGAGGAGCAUUAGAAGACGAAAGCCGUCAGCAGUGGAAAUAAUGCCACGUGUGGAGAUGCUAAUAUACAGUAGAACUGGGUUGAUUCCAACUUCUCACGUCCAUCUACAUGACACAGAAAAUAUUCGACUAGCCUGCGAAAUAUUUAGGGAUCUUACAAGAUAUAUGCGUGAUGAAGUGAAGGAUGACUCAGCCUUAGAGAUAGUACAGAACAUUGUCAAGUGUGGCAUUGAGCGUAUUGAGCUGCGAGAUGAAAUUUUCUGUCAACUGCUUCGUCAGACAAACUGCAACAAUGAGCUGGAUAGCCUACGACAGGGCUGGGUCAUAAUGUGUCUCUGUACUGCUGCUUUCUCACCCAGCAAGAACCUCCAUAAGUACUUGCUGUGCUAUGUGAGGAAGAAUUGCUCUAACCCUACAAUUGGAAAGUACGCUCUAAUGUGCCACAGUCAUCUCACUAUACCCCGGGCAACAUCCCGCAAGCACCCACCCUCUACAAUUGAAAUCGCGAGUGUGGAGCAGUUGAGCCCAAUGGUGUGCAAGGUGUUUUUUAUGGAUGGAAAGACCAAAGCUGUGAGUCUUCAACCAUGUGACACCACGACAGAGGUGCUGGACAGGCUGUCCAAAAAAAUUGGUCUCAAGUCUGUUGAAGGAUGGGCUCUUUAUGAGACAAAUAAAGACUUCGAGCGAUUUAUCAGAAGCUAUGAAUAUAUAGCUGACAUCCUUGCUCAGUGGGAGAGUGCAGAUAGCUUGUCAGCCCAGCCAUCGAAGAACGAAACAAUUUCAAAGAAAGGCCCCAAGAUGGCACUGGGAGGGGCUGACUCCAGGCUGAUGUUCCGCAAGCGUGUUUACCGACAUGUGCAUGACAUUCCCAAUGACCCCAUUGAGUAUCAUCUCCUGUAUGCUGAGGCUGUCCACAAAGUUGUUAAGACGGAUGAGUUCUCUGUGUCCGAUAAAGUGGCCCUCCAGUUGGCAGGACUUCAGGCUCAGGUGGUUUGGGUAAAACAUUUGCUGAUAUGCUCUAACAGGUAUAGUGAGGCAGACCAGUAUCUCUGUAAGCGUAUUCUGGCAUCUUCGGGAAAAACUGGUCACAGGAAGUUGGCUAAAGCACACAAGCAUUAUGGUGCAGGCAAGAGUGACUUGGAGGCGAAGGUAUGGUACCUGACUUGUGUCAAACAGUUUCCUCUGUAUGGUUGCACCCUCUUUCCCAUCGUACACAAGGGUUUGUGGUCUCAUGGCUCAGACACUCUCCUGGCUAUCAACAUGGAUGGCCUGAAAUUUGUGCGGGGACGAGACAAGGCGCUCAUCUACGACUUCAGAUAUCAUGACAUCGAAUCCAUUGCUGUUGACCCUAAUGACAACUUUGUGACAAUGGAAAUGAGUAACAAGAUGGUAGGCGGCUGUCCACAGAAGACAUUCAUGUUCGAGACGUAUCACAAAGAGGACAUUGGUCAUCUAAUUGCCAGUUACUGCCCACAUCACGUCUGGAUGAAGCCAGAAUAUGAAGGCAUGAAGAAGAUGAAGCUGACUGAUGAUGAGAAGCUGAAGCUUUAUGAGGAGAUAGUACGCUGUCGAAAGGCAUUGGCCGAAAGCCGAAUUUUACAACGACCACCUCAAGAGGGCAGCACUGGCUUUAUAAGAAACACAUUAAGGAGAUUAACUAAAUCCAAGCUGGAUAGACUGAGGAGUUAUGCCAGCAGUGAUGCAGGCAGCAACUUUGGCGUCGACUUCUGGUCCUACAGCAAAACACCGCUGCGCCAGUCUCUGACAAUUGUUCACAACCCUGCUCACGAAGAGACUGCUGUUAAAAUGUUCAGCUGCAUUUUGAUUUAUUCUGGAAUUGAAGAAUCCGUUGACACAGAUGAAGAUCAUGUGACCAUGAUGCAGAAUGUGAUGCAGAAAUGCUUGGAGAAUGACCUGCUAUGCAAUGAGUUUUACCUGCAGCUAGUCAAGCAGACCACAGAUCACCCAGACCCCAACAGUUUGGUGAAUCGCCGAUCAUGGCAGCUGCUGUCAGUAGCAUGCGCAACAUUGCCUCCUGUUCAUACACGAGUUCACAAGUAUGUUCAGGUCCAUCUCAAGAAGUGUGCUAUGGACACAACCUCAGAAGAGGGUAAAUUUGCUCGCUUCAGUCUCAAGUGCCUGAAUAGAACAGGGGAAAAGAAGAGGAGGAAGUUUCCACCUUCUGUACGAGAAAUUCAGUGUGUGAUACAGAGGAAACUGAUAACUCAGAGAAUUUUUUUCCUGAAUGGUGAUCAAAGAGUGGUGGAGUUUGACUCGGCUGCAACAUGUGGGGAGGUGAUCAAGAUCAUCCAAGCAAAGAUUGGCAUGCGUUCAGAUGCUGAAGGCUUUGGCAUUUAUGAGGUCAUGACCAGCUCAGCAUCCUUCACUUGCCGAGGCAUGGGUGUUGAUGAGCGAAUGUCUGACACCAUCAGCAAAUGGGAAAGGUUAUCACGCAGCGGUGCUGUACAGGAGUUCCACCUCACUUUUAGGAAACGACUAUUUAUUGAACCAUAUGUGGACUACAAUGAUCCAGUAGAGUGUGACCUUGUCUUCCAUCAACUAAUUCAGGAUGUGUUUGAGGAGAGGAUUCCAAUUACACCUACACAUGCAGUACAACUCUGUGCAUUAAAAAUACAGUCAGAGAUGGAAGAUUGCAAGUCAGGGGACAUAAAUUACAGCUCAGUGUUACGAAUCUUGCCUCGUCCUAUGCGAGGCUAUAUUCGCCUGGAGGAUAUUGUGACUGUGCACCGAACUUUGCUAGACCUGAGUCCCCAGCAGGCAGUCACUAGCUUUAUAUCAGUGCUUCAAGAAUGGCCGCUGUUUGGAGCUACUAUCUUCCCUGUCAGCCAAACUUACACCUCCUCCAUGCCAAAGAAUCUGUUGUUAGCUGUGCAUCAGAGAGGUAUCUCCCUGCUGGAAUUGCACACAUAUAGACUUCUGUCUUCGUUUGGCUAUUCGGAAGUGGUGCAUUCAAGUCCAGCAAUCAAGAGCAUCAUGAUUGUCAUUGGGAACAUGGCCAAGGGCACUAAGUUCAUGUUCAACACCAAUGAGGCAUCCCAGAUCGCUCACCUGGUGAAGGACUACAUGGAGGAGCUGCAGGCUCGCUGCCUCCUGUCGCCUAACGACAACUCCCAGCGAAUGUCCCGAGCCUUUGACUUGGAGGACAUGGAUCGUCAGAAUGUGGCACUACCAAGCCUGGAUCCCAUCCGACAAGAGUGAAAGGGGUGCGCUGAGAUAAGAGGCCAGCGGACCAAACAGGGCCAGCCAGCCAUGCAGCCACCGAAACCGGGGUGUCGUGCCGCCUACACCUGCCGAUGGACAGGUCCAGGAACAAAGAGACUUGUACAGGUGCAAUAUUUCAGGAGGACGCUAUGAUGCUGGACUGCCAGCUCUUGGGGAGGCAGUCACAGCCAAGACUGAGAGGCGAGGAAGAAAGAAGAGGAACCGCACAGUCGAGGAGUACCCUGAUUCGGCUGCGGAACUCGGACAAAAAAUGUACAGGAGUCAUGUGCUAGUCAUUGCCCGGCGACUCAGGAGCAGUUUCUGGUGUAGCAGACUUCGGGCCCAAAAUGCUUGUGUCACCUUUCGUCGCCAGCAUUUCAGUGUUUCUGUGUUGCUCCCCUGACUUCGUAUUGCGUGCACUAGGGACGGAUGAACAGAUCACGGUCAUUUUGACCAGGCAGACUGCGUCUUUCUGGAUCUCCUUUUAAAGCUGUCACAUGCAAGGGAAUUUCUCUAUCUUUAACAGACUGUUAUUUAGAUAUUGUUGGGGGAUGGGUGUAUCUGGAAACCAGCAGCAAUGCAGUGCAUAGCUGAUGUUGGUGUUUGGAACCCUCAGGCUGUCGAUAUCUGUAGAAAGGGAAGGUGCAGGAAGGAGUGUUUGUCAGGGCAACAGUAUGCUUAAUAAUGGGUCUGAUGAUGGUUCUUUCUCUUUUGGGGGAGUGGGGCGUUGGUAUGCUCCAAGCAGCCAAUUGGACACCUGCAACCAGAUGCCGUUUGCAAGCCCGAUCAUGACCACACUGGACCUUCUAAGACCCAGCUCAUCCUCGCAACUGAGCAAUUUUCGCUGACAUUUGUAGAGUAGAGGUGCCGGCAAGUGCGUCACGGCCAUCUUGCUGUGCACCGCGUGACAGAUCAUGUGGGUUCGCACAACAUUGCAUUUGAAGGCAGUUUUUUUCCACUGUAUGUAUUGUAAUCAUGGAUAAUUAGGAAGAGAUUGGUGAUGAUUGGCAGUUAUUGUCUUCAUUCUUUUAUUUUAAAUGUGUAAACAUUGCAGAUGUGUUUACCUUCUUUUACCCGCUCAGCGCCCCAUCAUCUUCAGCGCAGGCCAUAUCCUGGAGGUUGGGAAACAAAUUGUGCGCAGACUUUUGUAUACAUGUGAAGGCUUUGUUGGAAUGUGUGCGCAUUUGUCAUGCUUGUCUCCUGAUGUCGUCCGCUACGCCCACCACGGCUUUGUGACAUUGGCUCGUGAAAUGCUUUUGCGAAAUGUGAUCCAUUUAAAGUGCGUCUUUGUUGUAAAAGCUGUCCUUCUAUUACCCUACAGCCCCUUUUUUUCCAGAGCUCUGCUUUUUAAUUAGGGUAGUAUUUGGCAUUUAGCAUGGGGUUAUGGAUGAAUAUCGUUGAUGCACGAGGGUCUGACGGGAUCUGUAUUCAACAGGUCGGAUGUUAUUACAGGACCGUUGGUCUUUCUGAUCAUGAGACAGAAGCCGCGAUAAAGUGAUUUUUAGAGACAAAUCUACAUGAAAAUCAGUGUUUAUAAAGGAGGAAAAAUAAAUUCAGGGGCUGUGCGGAUUGUCGUGUAAACAGUAACUGGAGUAACCAUGACCCAACUAGUCCUUGCCACUAUGAGUGUUUUGGGAUCGCAUCAAAGGACGGCACUAGAUUAGUCAGCAUGGGUUAUGUCUCUUCAGAAACUCUUCAAAUCGCUGGCUUUCUUGCCUUUAAAAGAAUCUUUUUUAAUUCAGUUAUUUUAAUUAACCAGAUCUCGUUGGCUUGUUGCCAUGAUUCUUGCCAAUGCUUCCUUACCCAGCUUGUCCGUAUCUGGUAGCUAGUAGCCCAGGUGCAGACCGAUCCAUUAUUGGACUCUCAUGGCUACAUGUUCUGUGACUCUCGACCUGCAUUUCAUUGUCAGGCAGCUUGUCAUGUCGAAUAGCGCCCCAUAAGGAAAAGUGCAGCGAGAUUUGAGGUGGCAUGGACACACCAUCUGGAGUCCGUCCUGGGCUUCUUGAUCAACACACUGUCCGUGCCGUGCCAGCAGCCAGACCUGAUCAUACUUGGUCGCUAUCAUGAUAACCCCUUCCCAUGCUCCACUUUCCCUAUGUACUAUCCGGUUUACUUGCUUACCUGAAUCCCCCCCCUCCCCGGCAUGUCUGUAUAAAAUACAGUAAAAAAAGGAAAAAACCAAAACAAAAACUGACGCUUCUCUUGUACAUAUCGGUCCCUUUGUUUUGAUAGCUUUAAUUCCUGUAAAUAACUGUGCAAUGCGGAAGGAUAUCUUGCUGGUAAAGCCAAUUCUGAAAGCAGUGACUUCGAUUGCUGGCAUACAGUGCCUACUACGUUGAAAGAAGAAAGUCUCGUGUGUGAUACUGAUUCCAACCAUGACACUGUCUUUGAAAGUUUUUGUGUGUGUGAUGGGUGAUUUCCCUCCAUUCCACCACCCCCCAGUCUUCGAUUAACUUCUCCCAGCUCUCCUUCCUUUUAUUUUCACGUCGGUCUUUGUUUGCAUAUCAACUAUUAUUUGAUUGAAAGAGGAGAGUUAUUUUACGUUGAGCAUGUUAAUGUAGGGAGAGUUCAGUCAGUCCCUGUCGGUCUCGAGGUCUCCAUGUGACGUGUGCUACAAGUCAGCAGAUCUUGCCACCCAUCCACCCACUCACCUAUCGAGGGAGAGAAAAUUUGACAGAAAUUCUUGCAGUCAGGGCGCUUGAAGGAGAGUGUACUCAGGUACACUCCUUCCAGCUAAAAUAAAUCGUUGGAACUCUUCGUUGUGUGGGUUUUGCUUAUCAACGGGGUCAGCGUUCUUUGGUACAGCUGCACUUGGACGUGUAGUCUCUCUCUCUUAUUUUUACAGCUUGGGGUAGGGUUCAUAGAGAAAUUUCGUUUCGUAUGGAAACCUUUGAUUUUUUUUCAGUAUGACUAUAAUUAUUUAUUGAAAGAACGUGGUACGACGAUUUGACUGACCUCGUGUAUUAAUCAACUUCCAUUGCGUCUCCUCCGCUGCAUAAUACUCUAUCGCUUCCAAUCCGGAACCGGAAGGAACGUCGCAUUUCAUCAGCGAGAGCGCCGUUGGCUGUUCUCUCAUCGAACUGGUCGUCUUGUCCGUAGAUUCACUCGCCACUUCUUCCAUUCAACGGCUAAUCGAACGGAUUUGUUGGAUGGGGUGACGGAGAGGAAUAGGGGUCACUACGCAUUUUUUAAAUGAUUUUUUUCAUGUCAAAAGUGCUCGUGAAGCACAGUGGAGCUAGAUAGACCUUCUCGGGGAUACUGCAGGUCAGGUCAGGCCAGAGUAUUGCGUGCAUCCGGUUACUUGUGGAGGUGCCUGCUGUCAUGAGACGACCAGUUAUAUGCUUUUUCCAAACUUAUUAUGGGAUAGACAGCACUUAAAGACAUUUCUGUUGUUGAUUCCGUCGUUUCCAGCCGCGACCCGUGCAAUAUAAUUCCGUUUAAUGGAACGCCCACGAAAUCCAGGUUCAUAUCACAGGAGGAGGCCGAUUACCAUGACAUCCCUCCCUGCCCCUAUAUCAUCUUCCCCCGCUCUAGUGCAAGCAGCUUUCUGCACUUGAUGAUCAGGGCCCAGAUGCGCCGCGCGUUCGCUACUCAAUCGGGUAGCAGCUUAGCUGGCAAGAGAUCAUGUCUAGCGAUAAAUUGUUCACCCUGCCCUGCGCAUCCACCCGUGCAAUAUGUUGUUAACGAUCACGAAUAUUGCAUCCAGAUUAGCUUUACUAGCGACGAGGGUUUUCCUUCCUUAUUUUUGAAAUACUCCAUUCUGUUUCGGUUCUUGCAACGAUUGGCUAUGUUUGAAAUGCUGCUUUUUUUUUUUAAUCGAGAGAAUGGUUCUCUGCUAACAGUCCAUGCUCUUGGGUUUUAUUCUAAAUAGGAUAAUUAUGUCGAAGAAGUCAUCUCACAUAAUCAUAUUUUCAUGCCCCACGAAAGAUGUCGCUGAACUAGAUAUGAAGACCUCCGUAAGAAAUGAAACAGGAAUAAUGCGGAGUGCACCGAGGGCGAGAAAAUCAGUAACAGCUCUACGGGAAGAAGAGUUAAUCUCCGGUAGGUCACGUGGUCAUGGAGUACGCUUGGCACUCGAAGAUACUCCCAACGUGUCUGCCUCAAGCGAAACAUGAUAUUAACCAGUCAGAGCAGUGAGUAGACGACCAUGUUGGUGGCGAGGAAGGGAGCUUUUAACAACCGGAAAUUGAUCGUGUUAUCGCUCCUGUGAGCCCAACCAUUACCAAGACAAGAGCGUAUUGAUCAUAGCUCAUCAGUUACUGGUGCCAGAAGUGUGAUGACCGGCGAGUUUUAGUUAGGUCCAUCUUUUAAACGUCGUCGUCUAACCAUUUUUUUCCGAAUAUUUUUAUUAAUGCAGAAUUCAUCCUCUGUGGGUGGAUAUGCAAAGUGCGAUGUGUAGCAGUAACUUUUUUCAGCAUCCCACGCUCACAGGAUUCACUUGUAUAUUUAUAGUCACCUUCCUUACCUGUUCUGGACUCCCUGCAGGUGCUUUUGCGCAUGCAUCCAGCACUUUAAAGAAUUAGUGCACUCAGCAGUGCUCUUGUACGAAUAUUAGGUGCUAUUGCACUGUUCUCGCGUAUUCCACUUUCUUCGCACGUCCGUGACAUCAAACUGUUUCAUAUUUUCCUCUGGUUUUUCUGCCCUGGUCUCGAGCCAAGUUUAAAAUCAGGUCUGCCUAAUGAAGUGAUGGGUCUCUCUCUUUACUGCCAGAAUUCGAUCAAGAGAUCUGACGAAAGCGGCAUAUAGGAAUGCUUUAUACACAAUGUCUGCAGUUAGCAAUUAAUUCCGACAUACCCGAACUUUAUUGUUCUGCUUUUUCAAGUGGAGGUGGAGGUAGCAGUGAUUAGGGCAACAGCGUCCGAGCCCACCACCCUUCGGGUCAGCUCAAUUGCAAGUGUCUCUCUUUGAACACGAUCUGGUGGUUCAGGGGCUGCCCCCUUCCCCCAUCCUGCACGCUCUCUCUUAUCCACUUUUGCCAGAUGGAUGCGUGCCAAAUCGGACAGGCCAUGGUAUUUUUCUUUAUGUAAACAAUAGUACGUAUUAUUACGGGUUCAGUUCACCCUUUGUUGUGUCGGGCAGGGUCAAGGAAACAGAUUUCUUUUGACAGAGUGCAUUCAUCGUUAGGGUGCUGUCGGCAUCCUGAUACGUGAUCCAUGACUCCCACGUAGGUGCGGCAAGAUCGCAAUUGUGUUUUUUGCUGUAUUCACACUAGCUGGACAUUACCACCCACCCAUCCCCAACUGAAUGAAUGCUGAAUGGACCGUGAACUAAAAAUUACUUGUGACGAACAGUGAAUACCUUCUCAGCAGAUCCUACUACCCAGUAGUUGCUGGCCUCCCUUUCAGGCAACAUAUCACUCGUUUCCUCGCUCUGUGUGUGUUUGGAUGCCUGUUUUCGUUUGUUUCCAAUUUCUCAACCCCAUUACAUGUCAGUUCUGUGGAAAAAAAACCCCAAACAAACCCUGCGAUCCUUCUGCGCGACGUAUUCUGAUAUCCCCACCCACUUCACUGAUGUGGAAGGACGUAUGGGCGGAUGAGCGUGUCGGCGCGCACUACUGGCUGCGUCAGUCAUCCGUUGGGAGGAGGCUGGCAGACCAUGACUGCGGAUCUCCCAGACAACGCAGUCCGUGAUUGACGGGACUGGUCAAUACAUGGACCGCAGCAUUGUUGCUUUUCUUGGGUUCGAUUUGUUAUUGUUUUUCUUUUGCGAACCAAAGCAAAACGCUGGCAGAAUCAACGACGAUGUAUAUCAACUACACUCUGUGUGUAUGCGAUGUAUAGAGGGACAGACUGGGUGAUACAAUCUACUGCUAUAUCUAGUGCAGCGUAACUUGUUUCUUCAGUCGGGAGGGGUGGUUGUUAAUGUAAUGGUACCACGAAGAGCCUGGCUCUAUGUUUCGCUUGCUGUGUCGCUUUCUGUAGUGGUGAAGCAGCCUUUGUAUUCGCAACAAUAACGAUUCUGUUUAUGUGGAGUAUAUCAAUACAUAUUGUCUAGCCAUGACUGUUGGUAUGGUUUUAAUACGAUUUCAGUGCCUGCUUGCAUCAUGAAACCCAUAAUCCCAGGUUGACACGGCAUGUGUGCGUCUGUUUGGGUGUGCGUGCGUGCACGCGUGCGCGCUUGUAUGAGAAUGAGAGAGUCCUUGCACAAGACUGCGCAAGCACAUUGCAAAGUGUAUAACUUUUGUAGACGUAUGUUGUAUUGGGAAUGUGCUCGUUUUCAUUAUAUAUAUAUACUGUACCAAUAUUGUGCAUCCUGUUCCACAUUCCAAACCGUAUUUAUGUGUGCAUGUAUGUAUAUAUACGUUCCCUCUGUCUUCCUCCUGUCGGCAGUGCAUAAUCUUGUAACCAUAACCUGAGACUACACGGCGUUCUGGUGACUUCACACAGCCUUCCAGACCCAGAUGUAUUCUGUCCUCUUCAUUUCGCUUAAGAUUUUAGCAUCAGUUUACCAGUUGUUCUUUCUAAAGAAGAAAAAAACUUUAAAGGAAGACACAAUUCCAAAUGGAUUUUGCAAGCUGCAAGCCCAGCCUGUUCAUUUAUUUUAUCAAAAAUAUCGUUUUUUGAGGUGCUUAUUUCAAUUGAUGCCCAACGAGCUCUAAAACUCAAUUAUUAUUAUUAUUAUUAAAGGUCAUGAGAAGUUUGAUGAUGACAUGCGAUGUGAAAUUAUUUGUACAUUGAAUUCAGUUUCCGCACUGUGUACUUUAAGAAUCCAAAAGAUGAGCUGCAAAGACCAAGGUAUAUUACUAUACGAUAUACAUACAAUGCACUGCUUGUCUACUCUGGUUUAUAUGUUCUGGUUUCGUAGUACACACACGUGCUCACUGCUUUGGAGACGAGUCUACAGUAUGUAAAACAUUCGAAUGGCAGUGUAAGCUUGGGACCACCGAGACAAGAUCUCAGUUCUUUGGAACUAAUUAAAUUUGGCUGCCCAGUUUUUUUAUGAUAAAACUUGUGUUUUAUCAUUUGAUACACUUUUAUUUAAAGUACACUAUUUUGUGUAGUAUUUUGUAAAUGCAGAAAGACUUUUUUGUCGUCUGCUUUGUAAGAGGUAAUAUAUACCUGCAAAGUUCGCACGCAACAGCAAAGACGGAAGAGCAGAACACCACCCACCGACAAUGAUAAAGGGAUUUACUCAUGCCGCUGUUGUCAUUCCUCUCCUUUUUUUUCCGAUGGCGGCCAUCACGUUUUCUUCAAAAUGAAAAUAAGUUACAUUCGUUUUUACUGGAGAACAAUUUUUUUCCCUCAAAUCCUUUAACCAAUAUAUUUUAAAUUUGUCUAGCGCUAAAAGCAAAUUUUUUUUCUCCCAAUCAGACAUUCAUACAGCAACAGUCAGUACUUCCACCCUUGUAUGUUUAUUAAUUUCUUCGAUGUACAGCGAGAAAGUCAUGAGUAGAAAAUGAUGUUCUAUAUUUUGUUCACUUGGCAAUCUUGUUUUAAUUUCCUGUUUUGAGUGGAAGCAGGCUACUCUACGAUUUCGGCGCUUGGCAAACUGUUCUACUUCCUGUUUUGAGUGUAAGCAUUAAAAGCACAUAUUGAAAAGGAAAUCAUGUUGAAUUAUUUACGUGUGGCACAACACAACAAGCUGUAUCUUGCUUUGUCAACAAAUUCCCAUUGCUUUUUUUUAUGUCACGUUUUAAAAGUUUUAUGCAAGCUAUGCAUUUCUGUGUUACAGCCCUUGUCACGAAGGGGUUUGGGGAUGGGUUCGUUUUUUCGUAAAGAGGUGGGUCGGGGAGGGUAUAUGGCGGUUUGUGUUAAGUUGAAAAACAUGGCAGUUGAGCAACCGGGACCCAUUCAACAUAAAGCACUUCUUUGUGAAAUAAUAAACUUUGAUUUCUGA